GCUUUGCCGUUUGCCGCCGGUUUUCCGAGGCCGAGGUUAUAUCUUUGGUACUUAAUACUUGGUACUUUGGUAGUUGACUUUGUAGACGUAUUUUUGACAAAAUGAAAAGUGUUGCGGGCUCAGAAAUUUCCACGAAUACAGAAGAUUCCGACGACGGGAUUGAUGAGACAUCAAGUAUAGGUAGUACAACUACUGACAACAAUUCUUCCCGUAGUGUCACUCCAACGGCCCAGCCUAGACUUAGACGAGGGAGAAGAGGACGACCGAAGCCUUCAAAGCCGAAGCUACAGUACAAAUAUACGUGUAAUGUUAAAGAAGAACAUGGGUGUCCAUUGUUUGGAGCGCAGAUAAAUCAACUUCUUAAAGCAGGGCAAUCUUUGAUUUUUGCGGCUGUAGGAAGUAAUCGUGUUACCAUUUACGAAUGUCCAGAAAACGAGGGAAUAAACUUGUUACAAUGCUAUGCUGACCCUGAUACGGAUGAAAUAUUUUAUACUUGUGCCUGGUCCUAUGAAGAUGAAAGUGGAAGGCCUUUAUUAGCUGUCGCUGGUUCAAGAGGGAUCAUCAGGAUAAUUAGCCCUUUUAUGAUGUCCUCAGUCCGACACUACAUAGGUCAUGGGCAGGCGAUAAAUCAGCUUAAGUUCCACCCGCAGGAUCCCAAUAUUUUAAUGUCAGUGUCAAAAGACCAUACUCUGCGGCUUUGGAAUAUAAAAACGGAUGUUUGCAUUGCCAUAUUCGGCGGGGUGGAAGGACACAGGGAUGAAGUUUUAAGUGCCGAUUUCGACUUAAAAGGAGAAAGGAUAAUGUCUUGCGGAAUGGACCAUUCGUUAAAACUUUGGAGGCUUGAUAAAGACUACGUGCAAGAAGCUAUGAAAAGCUCUUAUCAGUUUAACGCAAGCAGGAGCGCCAGGCCUUUUGACUCAAUAAAGGAACAUUUUCCCGACUUCUCAACACGUGAUAUCCACAGAAAUUAUGUCGAUUGUGUUCAUUGGCUUGGUGACUUUGUUCUCUCAAAGUCUUGCGAAAAUUGUAUUAUAUGUUGGAAACCAGGGAAACUCGAAGACAAAGAACUGCGGAACAAUGAAACCAACGUGACAAUAAUUCACAGAUUCGACUUUAAAGAAUGCGAAAUCUGGUUUAUAAGGUUUGCCUUGGAUUUUGCCCAAAAGGUUUUAGCAAUGGGGAAUCAAGUAGGAAAGACUUUCGUGUGGGACUUAGAUCAGACUGACCCGACUGGUAACCAGUGUGUUGUACUUUCCCAUCCGAAGUGCACGUCUGCUGUAAGACAAACGGCGCUAUCAAGAGAUGGUUCAGUCCUAAUCUGUGCCUGUGAUGAUGGAACAAUCUGGCGUUGGGACAGAUUACCAUAAAUGUUGUAAAAACCUAUUUAUUAAUUAGUUUGUCAUCUUCUAGAUAACUGUAAAUAUUAUCAACAUAACAUUUAUGUAAGUUUCCAAAUUUUACCAUAAGCACAAAAAAUUGCAAUGAGAAUUGUCCAAGAUCAUUCCAGUUUUAAAUCAACAGUUCACAUUUAUUUUCCUUGUUAUUGUGUAUUAAAGAAAAAUAAUGUAUUGCAACUUUUGUAUUUUUAUAUCAAAAAUUAAAUUAAACUUUGCUUAUUUCAUAAUUUGUAAAUUUAAGCAAAUUUAUAGCUAGUCUGUAUUAAAUUUUGUAAAUAAUUUUAAUAAAAUGAUAGUAAUU